AUGGAACUGGACGCCGCAGGGGUUCCCGUCUGCUGUUCUGCCGAUAGUUACAAAGACUACAUGAGCCCUUUCGAUAGACCUGCGGUCACUAAAGAAGCACCGACGCUAAAGGCUACAGUGGGAAAAACGAAUGCAGAUAAAACUCUGCAGAAAGAAAUGACCGGAGAGCAGACGAAUUCUAAUUUUACAAAAGCGGCCCAAUCUGUCAAAGCCGUCGGGGUGCAGCCAGAUGAACCGGAAGAUGAAGGACAAUCUUCUACUACCCCAUCAUCCCAGCAACCGGAGGAUCCUGUGAAGGAUGGUCAAAAAUCAAUAAAAAAUGAAAUGGAGAUAGUUUGUGAGGAGGGAUUUAUAUGGUACCCAGACAAACGUCUGUGCAUUCAAACGCGCUCAAAAUGUCCCCGCGGCAUGUACAUGUCAGUUCGACAAAAUUUGUGCAUUCCCAAAGACAACCUGCCUUUCAAAUGUCCGCCCGGAUAUGAAUAUAAGGAUGAUAAGGGGGAUUGUCUGGAUGUUGAUGAAUGCACCGAGGGCAUCUACCAAAAUAAUAUGUACGUCGCCGCAUGUCCCAAUGCAACACAGAUUUGUCGAAACACCCCGGGCAGCUUUGAAUGUGUUUGCAAGCCUGGUUACACAUUCUCAAGGGAUGGGGAAUGCAUUGGCAAGUAA